AUGAUCCACCAUCAGCCGACAAAGUAUCACCAUCACGCCGCGAAUCCUUUGAGCCACUUCCUCAACCUGCACACAACGCAUGCGACGGCGGCGGCCGCCGCUGCCCUGGCGCUUGCCACCGAUGGCUUAGGACACGGCCACCAUCCCCAUCAAGGGCCGGUGGGACCAACGGCACCCCCACCCCAGCAUCAUCAGCACCAGCAUCAGCAUCCACAGCAGCCGCCACAACUAAUGACUGGCUUUGAGCCGCUCCGAGCGGAUCCGGUGGCCAUCGGUACUAAUCGUCGGGCGGUCUCCGUGAUCGAUCACCGCCGGGGACCUUCGCAUCGAUCACUGGACGAUGAGGAGCACGACGAGAGCAGCAACGAGAAGAGCUAUCUCGGCGAAGUGUCCACCGUCCGACGAGAGCCCUUCGACGCGGUAACCGAGCCAAGUCUGGGCGAGGGAAGCGACUCGGAACCCAAUAUCGACAUCGAUGUCGAUGAUCGCCGGGAUGGCCACGAGGAUGAGGACAAGGACGGCGAAGAACGGAGACCAGCGGCCGAAGGCGGUUUGUUUGAGCGAUUAAGUCCAAUGGAAGGGCGCGACCACGACGGGGAAGAAAUCGCGAUCGAUGGUAAGCAUGCGAUCGAGGAGGCCGAUUACAAGGAUACGGUAGAGGAGCACGAUCCCACCAGUCCCGGGGGAACCGAUACGACGGCGGCCGUCCUCGAUACGGACGGGUACGUGGGGAAGUCGUUCACGAUAGCCGCCAUUUUGGGGCUGAAGAAAAAGCAAGACGAUGCUGCGGCUGCGGCGGUCGCCGCCGCCUCGGCCACCGAGUACGGUGACAGGGUCAUGAACCUCUCGACCGGCGCAGGCUACCAUCAGCAGCAACAGCAGCACCAUCAGCAGCGGGUGGCGGCUGCAGCGGCUGCUGCCGCCGCCGCCAUCGGUAGGUUGCCGCUCGUAAUGGCGGCCGCGGCAGCCGGUAUGGAGAAGCGUGACCGGCCGGACAGUGGCGACAGUGCCGACACGUGCGCAGGACCCCUGGGGUACGGCGUGGGACCACUCGGCGGCGGGCAGCAACAGACGGCGAUGCAAAAUCUGCACCAGCUAACGGCACUUCAUGGAGGCACCGGAAGCGGCGGGAGCUUUUCGGCGUUCCAUCCUUCCGGUGGAGGCGGUACUGGACAUGCGCUCCACCCGGGCACACAUCACCACCACGGACACGGACACCAUCACCAGCACUUUGGCAACCACCACUUCCACCAUCAGCAGCAGGGACAACCGUCGCACCAGCAUCAUCAUCAGCAGCACCAACAGCAAACCGCCGGUGGACACCACAUGGCGCUGGGCCCGCAUCACCAUCACAGCCACAACCACGGCAGGGAGAAAUUUAAAGAACUGAGCAAAAAGUCAGCCCUGACCUCGUCGGCGGCCUCAUUGAAGAGCAAACGAGUGCGAACGAUAUUCACGCCCGAGCAGCUGGAACGACUCGAGGCGGAAUUCGAACGGCAACAGUACAUGGUGGGCCCGGAACGUCUGUACCUGGCGCACACCCUGCAACUGACUGAAGCUCAGGUGAAGGUAUGGUUUCAGAAUCGACGUAUCAAGUGGCGCAAGCAUCAUCUGGAGAUAACGCAGCAACGGCUGGCCCUGAUCCGGCAGCGGCAGUUAGCGAGCGGUGCCGGUGUUCCGAUGCCGGCCGUACCGUCAGCACCAGCGCCGGUUCAUCUUGGCCAGCAGCAGCAGCAGCAGGUGCAGCAAGGUGGCAGAAUGGUCAACCCGAUCGAGUCCCCCGAACUGACGAUAUGCACCGACUCGAUGGAGGCGCGCAGUGGCAGUGAGGGCGAAGACUAGAGACAAAAGCCGUGCCACCGUGCGGAUGGUACCGGCAACCUAUCAUACAGGGAGAGCUAGAGCAUAUAU